UGACUAUCCUCUUUUGCAGAUAUCCUUGUCCUUGCCUCGCUCACACUCUGUGGUCGACAUUGCUUGGGCGCGAAUAUAGUCGUCUCUGAGAUGCACUGGGAUUUCGGGGCUUGAAUCUGACUUGGUUUGACAUAGCGGAGCUUGAACGCUGUCGUGGCGGCACGGCAAACAAACGACGUGCCAUCUCUGGCUUUUGUCCCCAAGCGACUGGCGAUACUGAUUGACUAAUUAAACCAUCAAGCUGGGAACAAAGCACACCGUCAAAAAAACUCGGAAUCCCAUGGCCACUUCCCUUUGGUUACCUGGAGUUACUUUACCGCUGCUUAAGGCUCCUGAGAGGAAAGUCGCUGUCUCUUGAUGUUUAUUCAACCUCGCGACGAGCACAACCAAAGCCUUGCACUACUUCCAAGCAUUCAAGAGGCCAGCGUCAUUCGGUUUCAUAUUGACAGGUCACAGCCUGUACAGCAACACGUUCCCAGGAACGCUGGGUUCCGUCUCAAAUCCGGGUCCAUAAGCGGCAGUUCGCCUCCUGUCUCGAUCCAACUAUAAAGCGGGCCAGACCUCUCGCCACUUGACUCAUUCCCUUCCGCCCGUCCAUCAUCAUGGCGCUCGUUCCCCUCAUCCGACUCGUUGCUCUGUGUGCGUCGUGGCCUGAGUGCCAACCGUUUCUGCCUCAUAUUGAUACACUGUGCAGCUCUUGUCAGCGUGUUUGCUGUGA